AUGGAUUUGCUGGAUAGCGAAGAUAACUGCUCAUUGUUAUGCGAUGAUGACUACGACGAUGAUGAUUCCAUCGAUUUAUAUGAAUCUCAAACAACGGCUACUGGUUCUAUGGGAGAUAACGUCUGUCACAAGCUGAAUAGUCUUGUGAGUGAUGAUUCGGGAUUCGAAAUUGACGAAGAACUGCUAAAUGAAGAUGUUGAGGAUGAUCUGCUAUCGCACCAUAUGAAGUCUAACGACCGGGCUCCCGAGGGAAACACAAGUUCUCUGAAGUAUGAAUGUUUAACCAUGCAGGAUAUAUUCGAUAGGAUGCUAGAAAGGGUUCACCAUCUACAGCCGAUCUUCUCUAUGCCUGCAGAGGAUAUUCUGCUGCUUAUGCAGCGCUAUGAUUGGAAUGAAGAACGAUUACUGGAAGAGUGGACAGAAAAGAUGGAUAAGCUGCUUAUAGAAGCAGGUCUGAGUGCAGACGAUCUAGGCAGUGGAGCAGGUGGUAAUGUCCGGGGCAUCAAGCGUAAAGCGAAGUUUGAGUGCUUCAUUUGUUGCGAGGAUAAGCCAACAGAGACGUUCGCUUUGGAGUGUGGCCAUGAAUAUUGCAUUGAAUGCUACCGACGCUACAUUAGCGACCGGCUGAACCAAGGUAAAGUUAUCACUUGUAUGGAUUGUCCGCUGGCCCUCAAGAAUGAAGACAUAGAUGCCGUGAUGGGGACAGCGUCAAGUGCUAGGCUGAUGAACUCGUCUAUUAAGAGCUUCAUACAGAAGCACAACCGCAACUACAAAUGGUGUCCUUACGCCGAUUGCAAGUGUAUCAUUCAUCUGAACGACACGACGUAUCUGCAAGAGUGCACGCGUCUACACCGCUCAUGGUUCGUUACCUGUAAGCUGUCUCAUAGUUUCUGCUUUGGCUGUGGAUAUGAGAUUCAUGCCCCGGCUGAUUGCAAUGUUGCCAAUGCGUGGGUCAAGAAAGCAAGGAAAGAAUCGGAGAAUUUGAACUGGGUCCUUUCUCAUACCAAGGAAUGUCCGAAAUGCUCUGUAAAUAUUGAAAAGAAUGGAGGGUGUAACCACAUGGUUUGUUCCAGCUGUAAAUACGAGUUCUGCUGGAUAUGUGGCGGAGAUUGGGCUCCACAUGGCAGAAGCUUUUUCCAGUGCACAAUGUACAAGAAUGAUGACGAGAAACAAAAGACAUCUGUGGAGAACAGUAAACGCACAUUGAAAAGAUACACAUUCUACUACAGAGUUUUCAACGAGCAUGAGGUGUCCGCAAAGCUCGACUGGAAGCUGGGCCAGACCGUGGGCCAGAAAGUGAAAGUUUUGCAGGAGAAAAUGGGCGUUUCAUGGAUCGAAGGUCAGUUUUUGGCGGAUAGUUUGAAAAUACUGAAUGAAGGCCGUACAGUACUGAAAUGGUCAUUUGCGGCUGCAUACUAUUCGGAUGCUUCUCAUAACCUGACGAAGAUAUUUGUUGACAAUCAAAUUCUUCUCUCAAAUGCAGUGGAGCACCUAUCGGAAUUGCUUCAGAUAAAAGAUCAGGAGGCUAUAAUGAAACGCAAACCUGAAUUUUAUAAUAAAUCAGGUUAUGUCCAAAACAGAACUAGGGCUCUCAUAGAAUGCGGGAGAGAUCUUCUAAGAAAGGGCAUAUGCAAACCCGCUGAUUGA